AUGACUGCUGAUACCGUCGCCCGCGCAUUUAUCUUCCACUGGGUGGCCCGCUUCGGAGUGCCGGCAACCGUGACUACGGAUCGCGGAACACAGUUUGAGUCCGCCCUGUUCGCAAGCGUCACCCGGCUCUUGGGUACUCACUGCAUCAGAACAACUGCCUACCAUCCGAUAAGCAACGGUAUAGUGGAAAGGUUCCAUCGCCAUCUGAAGACGAGCCUGACGGCUACUACGAGUCACAGUUGGGUAGAGGCACUGCCGUUUGUUCUGUUGGGCGUUAGGACAGCUCUGAAAGCAGAUAUUGGAUGCUGCUCCGCUGAACUGGUGUACGGAACAACGCUUCGCCUCCCAGGGGAGUUUUUCACUACCAGUAAGGACGAAAACGUGUACGGAAACGCGGACUACGCCGUGCGACUGCGAGACAUCAUGAGCAAGCUACGCGCUGUUCCUCCGCGUCCGCCCGCAGCCCGGCCAGUCUACGUGGACCGGGAACUCUCCUCCUGCUCUCACGUGUUUGUGAGGCACGACGCCGUACAGCCUCCACUCCGGCCCCCGCACGACGGGCCUUUCAAGGUGCUGCGACGGGCAGACAAGCACAUAUACAAUCGACAGAGGUGGUCGUCACGAGGUGGUUUCCCUAGACCGCGUAAAAUCAACACACGUGGACUCCGACAGCGAAGCACCUGCACCACCUCGAGCUCCAUCUUCGCAGGCACCCCCGGCAGACCACGUAGCGCAGCCCCAAUAAGUCCUCAAACGGUUUACGCGGAGUGGACGGUGUACGAGACCCCCGGUGCGCAUGAACUUAUGAACCGCAGUGGGUCGUCCGAGUGCGGCCGUUGUGCGCGCACUCACUAG